CAUUCUCUUUCUGCACAGUUACAAUUCUCAAACGGAAAGAAACAAACUCUGAACAAGAAAAGAAAAAAUAACAAUGAGAACCCAACGCCCUCACCAACUCUUCCUAUUUUCCAUCAUCUUCUUCGCAUCUACAUUCUCAUAUCUCCAAUCAGUAACCGCCACCGGAGAACAACCUCCGACCACCGGAACCACCGGGGACACCGAAUUCAUCCGUUCUAGCUGCAACACAACACUCUACCCUGACAUAUGCUACACUUCCCUCUCUCGUUACGCCAAUGCAGUCCAACAGAAUCCCGGCCAACUCGCUCGCAUCGCCAUCGCCGUAAGCUUCUCCAAAGUCCACCGCACCGCCUCCUACCUCUCCAACCUCACUCGCGUCGCCGAUUACGGUGGAAACUCCCGCGCCGCUCUUGCUCUCCAUGACUGCUUCUCCAACCUCAACGACGCGGUGGAUGAAAUCCGCGGCUCGAUUAAACAGAUGCGCCAGAUAGGAGCCGCCGGCAAUUCCGCCGGCGCCGAUUCGUUUCUUUUUCAGAUGAGUAACGUCCAGACGUGGAUGAGCGCGGCGCUUACCGAUGAAGAAACGUGUACCGAUGGAUUUCAAGAUGUGGAGAAUUGUCCGAUGAAAACGGACGUUAACGAUCGUGUGACGAAGGUGAAGAAGUUCACCAGCAAUGCUUUGGCGUUGGUUAACGGUUACGCCAGUAAAGGAAUGCCGUGAGAUUGUAACCGUUGGAUUUGGUUAUUAUCUUUUCCAGUCUCAGAAUUGUUCAAUUAAAGAAUAGUUUUACUUUUAUUAUCACUCUGUAGUGUGUGAGUGUGAACAAUAUGUGAAUGCUUAAUGUAAAUUUUGAUUUUGUUGUUAGUGAGAAAAAAAACAAAUGCAUGUGGAUGGUUUCACGUGAGUUCUGUGCGCAAGAAUUCAAGAAUAGAGAUUAGAUUGUAGAUAUAAAAACAAAAACAAAAAAAUAGGCACAAUUAAAAAUUGUGAAGAUGUGAAAUAGUUGUAAUGUAUUGUGUGAAAGUAAAGGAAUUUGUGUGAGUUUUUAAUUUAUUGUGCUUAUGUAUGUUUUAAAGAUUAAGAUAAUAUUUUUAGAACCUCACUUUA